AUGGACUUGCACCCAUGCCUCCCAAAUUUCUCAAUAAAUUUGGAAAUUUUCAAAUUUUUGGUUCAGGCCUCUUAUGGAACUUUUGCCGCAAUAUUGUACAUUUUUCUGAUUUUUCGAAUUUCUCGAAAAUAUUCGACAAAUCAUCGGUUGUUUUGUGAUAUCUUUUUCAAAUUUUAUGUCUUAGAUGCAGUUGUGGUAACUUUUUUUAUUGAUUUUUUUUUGAAAAUUCUGAAAAAAAAAUCAUGUUGAAUUCAAAAUUUUCAAAUCUAGAUUUUUUCGCACCAAAAUUUCAGUUUCAAAGUUUCCAAAAAUUGCCACGUGUCAAAACAUUGCUCAUAUCAAACUUUGAAGAAGAUUCUGAAAAAAAUGAAUGUUGAAUUUCAAAAUUCCAAAUUUUAAUCCACGUGGAAAAACUUCUGGAAAUUUAACUGCGUAUCUAAGCUGAGUAUCUAAUGUUGUUAAGAAAAAAAUUACAUUAGAUACUCAGUCACGUAAGCAGCCAAAAUGAUCUUCGAAAACUUCAGGGAAUCUAAUUGCGUAUCUAAACUGCCACGUGUCAAAUUAAACUUUUAGAAAAAAAUUGAAUAAUCCGAGAGUUACGCUAAAUACAUAGAAAAUUCCGGAAUUCUGAAUUUCCCCCUCCACAUUUUUCAGAGUUUAAUAUUUCUGCUGCUGGAUUUCAGUAUAAAUCGUCCACUUUUAUAUAUAAAUCAACUAUGUUAUAUAUUUUUCAACAAUUUCUCAACUCCCUCUUAUUUUCUAACUCCCUACAUCACAGCCUACAAUUAUUUCGGAUUCUCAAAAAUGCUCACAAUUAGUUUGCUCUCGGCAAAUCGUUUCACUUGCGUCGUUUUUCCAGUUUGGCACAAAGUUUUCUGGUUGAAAUAUAAUCGAGGAUUUUGUUAUGCGGUUUUUAUAGUUCCCGUGUUUUUCACGUGGCAUUUGGCGAUUUCGAAAACUUAUUUUGAUGCUUAUUCGGGAGCUGGAUUAUUGGGAUAUACGAAAACUAUUGAAUGGGUUGGUUCUGGUUCUGGUUUCAAACUACAUAGAGAUUUUUUGUCUGAAAAAAAGAACGUUGCAUUUUUUUUUGAAGUGUGCAUAAUUAACACCAAGAUACAUUAAAAAAACUGAAAGUCAAACUAGAGAUGCAAAUUUGUACCCGGAACAUUUUCAGAAUAAAAAAAAAGUUUGGAUAUCUCAUAAAUGAGAUAUCCAAAAAUUUUCAGAAAUUCUGAAAAAUACAUAUUUUGUGCAGCUGAAAGUUCAAUUUCACGCUCGAAAUUAGCUGUAACAUAUGAUCGAAAAUUCGUCAUAAAAAUUUGCAAUUUUCAAAAAUCAUGAGAAUGGUUUCAAGUUCAAUGAUCUAGAUACGCCAUCAUCAAAAAUCAAGAAAAACAAUUAUCUGAAAAUUCUGAAACAUUGAAUUCUCAUAGAAAAAACUUGAAAAUAUAUUUUUGGAAAACAGAAAACUGAAACGUUGAAAAUAUUUCAGCGUUGUGUUAUAGAAAUUUUGAAACGUAUUUUUCCAAGAAAAUGUUUUCAAGAAUUUUGCAAAAAAUAUUUCAUUGAUAAACUUUUUGGCGAGUUAGCGUAAGUCUAAUCAACCUUCUCCCCAGAUUCGCACAACAUAUUUCAAAGUUCUCGUAAGUAUCUCAGUGUUUAUUUUCAUUUUCACAACAAAUAUCUGGACAAUUCAACAACUAAUCGCUUUUCGAUAUCGCCUCAAAAAUCUGGAGAAAUCUCUUAUUCUAACAACUAUUAUAACAAGUAUCACAUUUUUGCUUUAUAUCAUUGUUCAGGUGCAAAAAAAUUUCUUCGGAAAAGUCUAGCUAGACAAUUUUUUUCAGAUGAUAAUUUUGAUAGUCUCUUCAAAAUAUCUAAUCGAUCAUUUGGAACUUGGAACUUUUGUCAAAAAAUUCGAAUUGAUCUGCAAUGAUUUUUAUCUGAUAAGUUCACCAAUUGCUCUAAUUUUGGUUUGCCCACAACUACGCGGUUCACUUUUUCGAAAACAUAAAUUACGAAAUACCGUGUCAAAUUUGCCAGACACCACUUUCUGA